AAAUUACACAUUGGGCAGCGGCCCCUACAGGCGCUCAUUCACCGCACCCAUUACGCACGACUCGGUGACAUCAAUGUGGACGAGGGAUCCUGAAAACGACUUGCGCUGUGACGACAGUGGCCCGUGAGUAUAAAAGCGGAGACGAACAGUUAUCUUCUCAUAAGUCUCGACUUGGCCUUUACGGGUCACCGGCUGCAAACAGAGGCUGAGCGCAACCGCCAUCACUGCACAGUGGCUCGGAACCAACAGAAUCUGGACACCAGCCAGACGACCUAACUACCAUGAAAGCGGCAUGUCUCCUCACCUUGGCGUCUCUCGUGCUGUGCAACCUGGCGCUGUGUGGAGGACAAGGCGUCCCUGCGGAGGAUGAGCUGGACCACAGGACGAUAGACGACAUCAUCCUCCAGAGAGCAGAGUCUCUCCUCCUGAGGUCCAUUCUGAAAAAGAUGCAGGAUGAAGACGAGAGAAAUGAGGGAAUUUCUCCUCAGUCAGAACGGGUGACUAAACGGCAACAUCCUGGAAAAAGAUACAGCGACGAUUUGGAAAAGCGGCAGCAUCCGGGGAGGAGAGAAGACGACGACGACGAGCCGUUCUUAGACCUUCAAAGGAGGCAGCACCCCGGGAAACGCGAAGAGGAAAUGCACUCCUUCACGGAGAUCCAGAAGAGGCAGCACCCGGGGAGGCGCGCCGCGCCGGGGCUCGUCCCGGAGCCCCCCGCGGUGCUCCUGGGGGAACUUUCCAAGCGCCAGCAUCCAGGUAAGCGGCUCUACGGGGCCGAGGAGCGCGGCGACGACUGGGACGCGGAGGCGGACGAAGACCUGCCGGAGGUCAAGCGCCAGCAUCCAGGAAAGCGCCUUUGGGAUAACUCCAGUCCGGACUUGGACGCAGACAGUCCGUGCGACGUUUUGGAGCCUACGAGCUGCAGCAAAAGCAGCCUGCUGCUCGACUUUUUAGACAACAUCAACAAGAGCCCCGCCGAGGAGAAGAGGCAGCACCCGGGGAGAAGGUCGGCUCCCGAGGAGGCUUCGGUGGAGGAGGAGUAGGUAAACGGCGCGCGUGCGCUGCGUGUUGUAAACAAAUCCUGUACAAUAGGAGAAAAUGAAUUAUUAAAAAAUGAAAAAAUAUUUUCGUGCCGCCGCUUUCUUUGACACUUGCUGCAUCAUCGUGUGUUCGUUUCUAUGGAGAGUUUGUGCGCAACUGAGCGCAAACUGAGCAAAACGUUGGGACGAGGGAGCGUGUCUGCUGUUCCAUUAUUAUUAUUAUUAUUAUGUUUACUAUUACUGUUGUUGUUGUGUUGAUUGGGCUAAAUCACGUCCAAGGAUGGAAGCAAUACUGGCUUUUUGUGAUGCUGCCUCUGUGAGGCAACACACGCACGUCGGUACAGCACAUGCUUAAUGUAUGAAAGCCUACAAGCAGGUUGACGUCCGGGAAAUCCACUCAUUCUCUGGUUUAUGUGCUAUUCUUUUCUACAAACAUCAAAUAUAAUAAUCAUCACAGCAAAUAAAAUGUGUCACUGAUUAUUUUUGUAGACAUUCCUGCAUGGACUAAGUGUAUUUUACCCGAUGCUGUAAAUUAAAAGUUGCCUUUUUUAAGUCAACUACUGCUGUUUUUGUCUGACAAUAAAGCGCACUGGUAAAAAUGC